AAGCGUGGUUUCACGUUGGACGGAUGUAUGCCAUAAGAUUGUUUUUAUAGUAAUUUUACAACUUUAAAUUGUGAUGUGUUUUAUUAACUGAUUUUGUGAGAUAUGAGUGUGAACAUAUGUUAUUUGAAAUAGAUGAGGAAUUAUAGAAAAUGUCGGAGAAACAAGUUUUAGUUUUACCAAGAACUGUGAAAAGGAUAAAAUUAGUCCCUCCCGACGGAGGCUGGGGAUGGAUAAUUUUAUUAGGAAUAGGAGUUUCCAAUGUAUUCAAUCAGUCUAUGUUGUCCCUCUUCAGCUUGCUAUAUGGAGAUGCUCUGGAAGCAAUGGGACACAAGACGCAAGGAGCAGCGAUAGUUCUCAGUGUUAUGCUUUUUGUAUCGAAUUUUAGUGGUCCGAUUGCCGGUGCUCUAGUCAAGCUGACGUCAGCGAGAUUUGUAUCCGUCGCGGGAUCUUUUUUAUCCAGUUUGGGUAUUUUCGUUAGCGGUUUUUCCACAAACAUAGCUCAUCUGAUAAUCAGUUACGGUGUCCUAAUAGGUGUAGGAUUAGGUUUCAUUCAAAAUGCAUCGUUUGUGUCCAUAAAUAGUUACUUCAAACUGAAAAAGAGUAUUGCUGUGGGAAUAGCAAUGGCGGGCACUGGCAUUGGACAGACAGUAAUGCCGCAUGUUGUGCGAUAUCUCUUAGAUAAAUAUGGAUUUUUAGGAGCAUGCUUACUUCUUUCUGGUCUUAGCUUACACGGGAUUUGUGGAACACUACUUAUCCAGCCCGUUGAAUGGCAUUUGAAGAAAGUGGAAGAGGAGGUCGUAAUUGACGAAAAAUCGUUAUUUGAGAACAAAUGCAAUGCUACUGGUGAAGUCUACAAUAGAGCUAGACGAGCUACAAUCCCGUCAGUUUUACUUGAGAAUGAAAAGCAAAAGGUUGACUCGCAUAAAUUAUUAUCUCAAAGUUUUACACAAUUGCAGCAAAAUGGCAAACCAAAUGUCCCCAUGAAUGAACAAAUCAUAAAUACAAAUGGAAACAAAGUCAUAAGCAUGCUAAAAAAUGUUUACGACUUGCUCGAUAUUUCACUAUUAACAAAUAUCAGAUUUUUAAAUGUCAUCAUUGGAACAUCUUUGACAUUUGUUUCAAUACAGAACUUCAGCAUGUUGUAUCCACUCUUCCUACAGAAAGUAGCAAAUAUGGAUAAACAAGAAACUGCCAAUUGCAUGUCAGCUGUGGCAAUUGCUGAUAUUAUUGGGAGACUGGCCUUGCCUCAGGCGCAAGCGAAAUUCAACAUUUCAGUAAAAAUGGCUAUUAUAUUGACCAGUAUCUGGUGUCUUGUGGUACGACAAAUUCUAGCAUAUCAAACAGACAUGUACGUCCUAUUGGUUCUAUCACUAUUCUAUGGUAUUGGAAGAAGUAUGGUAAUCGUAUCUAGGAACAUUGCUAUUGCUGAUGAGUGUAGAAUGGACCAAGUGGCUUCUGCUGUAGGUCUAGGAAUGUUAAGUAUGGGCUUGUUAGUACCGCCAGUAGGCUACUUCUUAGGCUGGAUAAGGGACUAUACUGGAAGCUAUAUUGUUUGUAUAACAGCGCAAAAUGCCAUACUUGUAAUAUUUUUGAUCAUGUGGAUACCAGACAUGUUAUACCAAUACUGUAAAGAAAAAAGAAAACAAAGAAAUAGAAAAGACGAAACGCAAUUGACGUAAGAGAAGGCACAAGACAAUUUCACACAGUCUGUGAUUAUAAGAAGCCAAAUAAGUAAAAUAAGACUAGUAAAGACAAGAAUAGUUUAUAAAUGUGUUCUCAAAGAACAUACCUGUUGUUUUGUUGUUAAUGACGUGUACUAUGUUACGCAUUUAAAUGUCAAGAGACUUUAAACUGAUACAUAUCAUUAUUUUUCUGUGAAAUAUGAGCCGAUUCAUUUCCAAUUCUACUAAAUACACUAUUGAAAUUGAUUUGUUUCUAGUUAU